AGCGGAAAUCUCCUCGUCACUCGGCGGUCCCGUUGCCACGUCGAAAACACAAGCAGAGUUUAAUUGGAUGCCUUCAGCAGUGGCUGUUUUGUUAAACAAACCCUAAUAUCUAGACAUGGUGUCUGUCAUUAACACCGUGGAUACCUCCCAUGAGGAUAUGAUUCAUGAUGCUCAGAUGGACUACUACGGCACGAGACUGGCGACCUGCUCCUCCGAUCGAUCUGUGAAGAUCUUUGAUGUUAAGAAUGGUGGCCAGAUUCUUGUGGCAGACCUGAGGGGACAUGAAGGUCCAGUGUGGCAAGUGGCUUGGGCACAUCCCACCUACGGCAACAUCCUGGCCUCGUGCUCCUACGACAGAAAAGUGAUCAUCUGGAAAGAGGAAAACGGGACGUGGGAUAAGAUGUACAAGUACACGGGCCACAACUCCUCAGUGAACUCUAUUUGCUGGGGACCCUAUGACUUCGGUUUAAUUCUGGCCUGCGGAAGCUCUGACGGUGCCAUCUCGAUUCUGACCUACACUGGUGAUGGGCAGUGGGACAUCAAGAAGAUCAACAAUGCCCACACUAUUGGCUGCAAUGCAGUGAGCUGGGCUCCAGCUGUUGUUCCAGGCAGCCUCAUAGACCAGCCCACAGGACAGAAACCCAACUAUGUGAAGAGAUUUGUCUCUGGAGGUUGUGACAACUUGGUCAAGCUUUGGAAAGAGGAGGAUGGUCAGUGGAAGGAGGACCAGAAGCUGGAGGCCCACAGUGACUGGGUGAGAGAUGUAGGCUGGGCUCCGUCUAUCGGUCUACCUACCAGCACAAUUGCCAGCUGCUCUCAGGAUGGUCGCGUAUUCAUCUGGACAUGUGAUGAUCCCUCCGGAAACACCUGGACCGCUAAACUCCUGCACAAAUUCAACGAUGUAGUUUGGCACGUCAGCUGGUCCAUCACGGGCAACAUCCUGGCCGUGUCCGGAGGAGACAACAAGGUGACCCUGUGGAAGGAGUCUGUGGGCGGACAGUGGGCUUGCAUUAGCGAUGUGAAUAAAGGCCAAGGGGCCGUGACCUCCAUCACAGACGGCCAGCAGAACGAGCAGUGAGACGGAACCUAGUGUAGUUGGGUUCACACAGACGGACAAGCUCAUUAAGCCUCAGAGACUUUCUUAAACCAAUGACCUGUCAUUCCCCCAACAACCAGUAAAUCCAGAUGGCCAGAACAGUUUGAACUACAUUUCAGUCAAUUUCUGAAGUCCUUCAAAAGUUUUUCAAAGGUAAUAUGUUCACUACGAUUGAUUGCUCACAGCCAUGUUUGAGAUUCAGGAUUUUCUGAUGCGUCCUUUGAAAGUAGAUUUAAUAAGCGUUGUGAUUGAUGAUCUGAAGGUUCAAAAUCCAAAUCUUGUAUUUAAUAUCUUAAGUGGAAUGGCUAAUGAUAUUUUGUUUGAAAUUCACUCACAGUGCCACUGGAUUAAUAAAUAAACUUUUAUAUGUAAUUAUACACUUUAAUUUUGAUGAUUUUUUUAAAUGCUACAAUUUUUGUUCAGUGUAACCUCCAUUUUUUAAAAAUUGAAACGCACAAACUGCUGUAGCUGAAGGAUCUUGAAAAGUAAAAAGUGGUUUAAAUAACAGCCUAGUUAAUUUUUCUGAUGUUAUCUGCUCCUACACAGGCAGGGUUGCCUUUUUUGUACAAGUCACAGACCUAAUCACGUUCAGAGCUUAAAGACUGUUCGGAAAAUGCCGAUGUCCCCUUGAGCACCGGUCAUGUGUUUUGAACAACAGGUGAAAGCAUUUGUAACACCAAUCUCCAGCAUGCCAUGCUUUCACUCAGUGUUUUUAUUAUGGUGUUGAGUGAUGCAUUUCCCUAGAGCAGGAGUGUAUGUGGAAGUCCAGUGCAGGUUGGUGAAUUUUCUGCAUUAAAACACACAAUUCAACACAUCAGUUUUUGUGGUUGCGUCCUUCCUGACCGGCCUGCAGAGUGAGCAACGAGGAGGAACCUACAGAUUCAUUCCAGACAGACAAACUUGCAUCAGAAAUGCAAAUCAAUUUCAUUUGUAUAGCUCAUUUAACAAUAGAUAUUUUCACAAAGCUGUUUAACAGAAAUCAGAAUAUAGAUUUAGAUCCCUAAUGAGCAAGACAAUGGCACGGAAAAAUUCCCCGAGAUGACAUGGGGAAGAAACCUCGCAAGGAUCUUCACUAUGAGCAAAGCACAUGAGUACAUUCACGAUUACGGCAGCAGUUCGUCAGGACAAAUCUAAAGUAUAUCCAGGUGACAUUGCACUGAAGCAAGAGUGAGUCUUCAGCAUUAACUGUUUUUGGGAAGUCCAAGACUUUAGGUUAUUCAUGUGGGACCAUCCACAGCAGCAGAGUUUUCCAUCAUGCAAUGAACAAACAAUGAGAUGUAGCCCAGUAGGAAAAUCACCAAACUAUACUAGAUCCCUGCACAUCCAGCACAACAGUUUGCCUCCCCGGCAGUACAUCAGCUUGAACCCCCAGUGACCCUAGAGAGUGCUACAAGUUUAAAAACAAAUUCCCUGUAGCUUUUUGUGGUGUAUGUCCUGCAGCUACUCCCAAAUCUGCCCAAAUGGGACACAUGCCACCCUCAAAUGUUAUUGCAUUGCUCCUAGUCCUGAGAGAGUAUCUUUGCUAUGUUUGACAAAAAUGGAAGCUACACAAAUCUGCUCAUCAUCCAUCACCCAAACCAAACAACUUUCAACGCACAAGUCACAGAAGGUUGCUGAAGUCAUCUUAUAGAUACUCAGGAGAAAAUAAGCAGUUAAAUAUACCAAACAUUAAAUAUACCAAGAAAAAAACAUCACAAUUUCAGAUUUGCACAGUUUAGCUGUUUGUUGGAGUUGUUGAGCUUCAAAACUAACUAUUAGUCACCACACACUUAACAAUAUGUUGUGUGGGGGCACGGCGGCUUUUGACUUGCCCCUCCAGGGUUGGGAUUUGACUCUCGCCUCUGCCGUGUGUGCGUGGAGUUUGCAUGUUCUCUCUGUGCUUCGGGGGUUUCCUCUGGGUACUCCAGCUUCCUCCCCCAGUCCAAAGACAUGCAUUGUAGGCUGAUUGGCAUUUCCAAAUUGUCCAUAGUGUGCGAAUUGUGCCCUGCAAUGGGUCGACACUCCGUCCAGGGUGCCCCCCCCCGCCUUGUGCUCCGAGUCCCCUGGGAUAGGCUCCAGGCUCCACUGCGACUGUGUGUAUGAUAAGCAGUACGGAAAAUGGAUUGAUUGAUAAUUUGUCUGCUUUCCUGUGUUCAUUUAAUUGAAAUGGAAAUUAUUUGUGGCUAACUAGCUAGCUGAUAUCUAGAGUAAGAAGUGUUAGGUUAACACAUUAAGUUGCUAACUCGUUAUUACUAGCUAUGUCACUUCUCUGGUGAUCGAAAUGUCAAUCACCUACAGUUGGGGCAUCAUGAAAGGAAAGUUAUGCAGGUAUAUUUUAAGACAAAUCCAUCUUUUAAUUCCUUGUGUGUAUAGUUAUUGUUCAGUUGUUUUAAUGUAUUUAUUUUAUUGUCUAUUAAACUGUUUUGACCCCUGA